UUAGCCCUAAUUUGCCUUUAUCCCAACUUUUUUGGAAUGUGUUGCAGGCCUGAAAUGCAGGAAUGGAUGUACAUUAACAAAUGGAAUGAAGCUGACCAGACAAAACAUUGGGUUCAUACUGUCUGCAAUCAAAUAAAAGUAAAGAUACAGCUUUGCUGGUUCAGGAGAAGAAAAUAGUUCUGUACCUCAACAAAGAGCUACAUUGUCACAAAUGACAAGCCUCACACCAUGGAGUCAAGUCUGCCAUUGCCUUACCAUCACCAGCACACAGCCUGACAGAGAAACAGAGAGAGAACCAGAUUGUCAGAAGUGUACAGGACGCAAGGGUCUAUAACGCUGGAUCUCAAGGAAAAACCAUGGACUCUGCAGACCUCCCACCACACCUGGACGUUCACAAUGUUCCUUGCUAGCCUACUGGUUCUGAUGACCCUGCUGCUACCUCAAGCACUGUCCGGUCACCAAGUGAAUUCCAGUCACUCUGAUGGAAACCCAGUAGUCCCUCUGGAGCCCGGUUUGGCCCAGACCAUCCAGAACCUCCUGCUGACCCGACUGGGUCUACAGUCCCAUCCCAGCCCUCGUCCAGGGGCAACAGUACCCCAGUAUCUUCUGGACCUCUACCGUUUCCACACACAACAAUACCACCUUAUAGAAGAUCCAGAUUUUAACUACCCCACGGAUCAUAUACAAGGAGCCAACACUGUCCGCACCUUUCACCAUGCAGCAUCUUCAGACCUCCAAAACCCUGAAGAGAAAGGUAAUAGGAUCCAUAUGGCCUUUAACCUGUCCUCUAUUCCAACCUUUGAGAAUGUGGUCUCAGCGGAGCUGCGUUUUAUGCACAGAGGAACAGGCCUUGGUUUAAAACCACAUAUUAUAAGCCUCUAUGUCUCUGGUGAUAACACUGAAGCGGAGCCCAAGCUACUCCAUUCAAAACAGCUGGCUAGAAAUCCAGAGACUGGUGUGUCCUGGGAGGCCUUCCCAGUGAACGCAGAACUGUUUAAGCAGCUGUCUGACUUUUCAGGGAAAGUGUCCUUUAUCUUGGAGGUCACCCCAGAUAACAGCAGUCAUACCGUGGAGAGCAUGGACGCAGAGAGACACUUAAGGGUGCGCAGGUCUGCAGGUCAAGAUGAACAUAGCUGGAGAAAGCAAAGGCCUCUACUGGUCACCUAUAGCUAUGAUGGUCGCAAUGAACCACUCAUACCUCUUGGAAAUAAGAGCCCCAGAGGUAAAAGGGAGCGCCACAAGCUUAAAAAGAUAAAAGGGCAGGGAUCACAAGCAGGUUGGCGUGGUGUCUGGACAGAUAGGCGUGUGAAGCGGAAUGGCGGUGGACGAGCCGCCAAGCUGAAGCGUCUCUCUCGUGCUCGGUGUAAGCGUCACCCACUCUAUGUGGACUUCAAAGAUGUUGGGUGGAAUAAAUGGAUUGUGGCGCCGACUGGUUACGAUGCCUUCUUUUGCCUAGGUGAGUGUCGCUUUCCUCUUCCCGACCACAUGAAUUCAUCCAGCCAUGCCAUGGUGCAGACACUGAUGAACUCAGUAAAUAGAGCUGUACCACGAGCCUGCUGUGUGCCAACAGCUCUUAGUCCUAUCGCACUUCUCUAUUUGGAUAACGACGACAAUGUGGUGCUGAAAAACUACCAGGACAUGGUGGUGGAGGGCUGCGGCUGCCGUUAGAAAUAAAUAGAGAAAGAUGACGAUUGAAAAAAGAACAAAAGAAGUGUCUUAAAACACUCAAAAUCUUAUUAAAACACCAAGCUUUUAUCCUUUAAUCGUCUGGAUUUAGUCUUUACCCUCGUCCAGAGGUGUGUGUGCCUAUAAGUCAACCCUGCUCACCCAAGUUCGGUCUGUUCUGUGAAAAUACUGCAGUUAUCUGUCCAUAGAACAACUGUGUCUGUGUUGUAGUGUGUUUCUUGUCCUUGUUUCACCACUAUCGUUGGCCAGAAGAAAAGAUUUGACACGGGAAGCUAGAGACUUUAAUGAACUUCAAUUUGCAAAGAAGCUGCAUGUCGAGUCUAUGCAUCCUGAGAUCAGCUUUCAUCACAAAUAAUAUUGCACAAAUGUGCAAUUACAGAAGAGACUAAUUACUCAGAAGAGACAUUUCUCACCAGAAAUAAUGAUAAUCUUGACAUUACAGGUUAAGAAACUAUUAUGCUCUUGUUUUAAUGUAUAAAUGCUAUUAUUUAUGGUGUUGUGUUAUGUUACUUCAAGUUGCAGUCAAAGAGAAUGUCACAGUUGCUAAACAAAGUAAAAUAUAAAGUAAAUGCUAAAUGUAAAUGUAAUUUAAAAGAGCCUAUAUAUCUAUCUAUUUAAAAUAGCAAACAUGUAUAAUGUAUUUAAUCCUGACAAAUAUUGCAGAUAUGCAUAUGACCAAGCCUUACCAUAACAAUGAAGCUCAUGCAGAACUGGUUGUAGUCAUUUAUGUAUAACACUGAAGUGUAAGAAUCUUCAUGCUGGCUUACCAAAGUUCACAUGUAAAACAAUGGACGUUGUGUCAGAGCAUUUAAUAUUACUAUAGUAUCACAUGGGCUUAUCUAUUAUGUCUAAUAGCAUGUAAACUGUCCCUACAUAUACAAGAGUUCUCAUCUGACUCUUUCUCUUGUCUAAAAAGAAAGAGGAAAACUCACUUUAGUGCAGUAUUUAUAGGUCAUGAUUUCACCUUAACACCAUUCAUGUUAACACCUGCUUAUUACAACAGUCUAUGAAAUGUCCAAUGUCUGAAAAAAUGAAAUGCAUACAAAUAAACAGAGAG